GAAAUUUGAACAAUGUCCACAGUGUCUUCCAACAAUUUUCUCCCUGGACCUGUCAACAACCCAGACCUUUCAAUGCAGACAUAUGGGACAGCAGAGUCAUCACACAUGCAGGAUGAAUUAAGUAUUGAGGAUGGCACCCUUUACCAGGUAAAGAGUUGCAAUAGCGAAAAGUACAGGCUUCAAAGCAGUGAUGGAAUCCAAGGAGAAACAUAUGGAGGUGCAGACACAAGUCGAUUUCACCCCUACCGUCGGCAGAAUAGUGCUGAGGAGUUCUCAGGUUUAAGAGGUGUCGACUCUCUGCAUCUGUCUCGAUGUCCACAUUCUUUAAACUCUUUCAAAGCUGUUGAAGGCCCUGCACAGACUGCUCAGUGCAAGCCAGACAUCCUUCCACAGAUCCUGGCUGAGUGGACUGAAGCAGGAAACAUGGGUACACAAUGCAACAGACUAAUGACUGCUGAUCAAAGCUACUCCCCUGAUGUUCCAGAAGAAGCUGAAAUAAAACCACCAAGCUAUCGCUUACCAAUUCAUCAAGUCUGUAAUAUCGGCCAACACCUAACAACGGUCUCACAAGGAUCAAUUUUUCCAAUGGGACUUUCAGAUGGAACUCAUUAUCCCUAUCAGCGGAUAGCACCACAAAGUUUGCCGGAGACCCAGCAGUCACUCUACCCAAAGCCCAUUUACUCUUACAGUAUUUUGAUCUUCAUGGCACUAAGGAACAGCAAAACAGGAAGCUUGCCAGUCAGUGAAAUUUACAACUUCAUGACAGAGCAUUUCCCAUAUUUCAAGACAGCCCCAGAUGGAUGGAAGAACUCUGUCCGCCACAACCUAUCACUGAACAAGUGUUUUGAGAAGGUGGAAAAUAAGAAUGGCAGUUCAUCCCGCAAAGGCUGUCUUUGGGCACUGAAUCCCACCAAGGUUGAAAAAAUGCAAGAAGAGCUGCAUAAAUGGAGGAGGAAAGACCCUAUCACUGUGCGCAAGAGCAUGGCAAGACCUGAAGAACUAGACCGGCUGCUUGGAGAAAAAUCAGAUAAAUACAAAGUCUCCUCUUCUGCCUACACCAGCUCAGCACAUCUCUCCAAUACACAUUUGUUGGUCCAAGAUCAACCUGAAUACCAAAUUCAGUCUCCAUUCCCAUCAGCACACAUUUCCAGCCAGUCUAUCACAUAUUCAACGAACUCCAGAUUAGGGUCCAUCUCUUUCAGUCAAAGGCCACACUACAUACCGCCUCCUCCUCCUCCUCCUCUGCAGGGUAUAGGAAGCAUUCAUACCAGCAGACAACAGCUUUCUUUGGGUCAAACUGUCCAUGAGUCAUCUCAUCCAGGAUCCUUGGACUCUCCUCUCCUCACCUCGACCUUUCCAGCUCAAAGUGUUCCAAUGCAGGCUGAAUACAAAGUAUGUGCAGGUCAGAGUUUGAAGGAACUCUUGCCAGAUGGAGAUCUUGGCAGCGACAUUGACACCCUGAAUCCCAGCCUCACUGACUUGGAAUUGCAGGAAAACCUAUGGGAGGAACUGAAAGACGACAGCCUGAAUCUUGACCCACUGGUCAUUAUUUCAACUACUCCUUUUAUGCCUGCAGUCAGCCCGUCCUGUUUGGCCAGCUGCCCAGAAGAUAGUGGCUGCUCCAGUGCUGACCUAGUGACGCCAAACUUUGAGGAGAAGCCCAGCCUAUCUGACCUGCACAUUACUGGAAUCUACUCAACUACCUUCACUAACCUUGACAGCAUCUCCAGUGGCUACCUCUCUACUUCUGGCAACACCACGAUACCUCUUUCUUGAAUGCAGAUUGGAUAACACAUCAAGAAGUUAGCAUUUAAAAUAAUCAACUGGAGGAUUUUGGGGACUACUAACCACCCACUGAUUCUCACAGAUACUAAUAUACUGAAAUACAAUAAUAGCUUGAAAUCAUGUGUUAAAGCAAUACAUUUCUAGGAGUGUUACUGUCAACCAAAGCCAUGGUGUUCAUCUGUCUUUAACUGGUCUUGAAAGCACAGUCAUUACAAACAAGAACUCAAAGAGGAGUAGAAGCACAUUUGAUUAUCAUGACACAUUAAAAUUACUGAUGCUUAAAUCUAACUCCCCAUCCAUUAAUGACCAAACAGUAACCAGCACAAACUAAACAGCAUGUCACGACUAGGACUCUGCCCGUCACAUGGACUCUGCCCGUCUUUAGAAAGACGCUAAGGUAAAUAUUCUCACCUAACUCCUUUUGAAUCCUGGUUAGGGCACUAUUUGAGUGGAAUUUGCAGAUUCAGACCCAUUUACACAAAACUUUCCUUAAGGACUCUUUUUAUGUCAAGAGCUCCUCAAGAUGAUGUUUAUCUCACGGGUUAUUUUAAAUUAGUAUGCUAAAGUAAACCAAAAUGGAUGGUGUACAAUCUAAAAGUACCCAUAGUUACUCACCUCAACAAACCUGACCAAGAAAAAAGAAGGGAUACCUUUUAAAAGGAUAAACUUCAAAUAUCAAAUAGUCUUGUUCAAAUGUUUAGACACACCUGGCCAAAUUACAUGUUUUGUUGCUUUCCUAAAGAAAAAAUAAGUUAGCACAGCCUUUGCAGGGAACAAACUUAAUGUAAACACAACAUACUUCUGCAAAUGUAAUGCACAAUUACUAAUUUAACAGAUUGGGAAAAAUGUGGCAUGACCAAAAUUACUGCUUAUUUACUAAAUAUAACAAACUGGAAAAGAAAAUGUGGCAUGCACAAAUGAUUGGGCCUCCUUUCAGUCAGUUCUUAAUAACACCCUCUGCGACAGAAAACACAGCUCAAAUGUAAUCUGACCAGAAGUCAUCCAAAUUUUUUCAUAUAGCUGUAUCAUAAUUCUAAAUUCACCACAAAAUGAGAUUAAAUGAAACUGUGACGAAUUAUUCUUAAGGCAUGACAAUGAUAUUGAUUUUCCCAAAUCACCUUACCGGCUUCAACCCAAUGUCUCCAUCUUUCCUUUUUAUGAAUCCCUAACAUCCACCCACAACAUUUCAGAUUUGUCAGGAGAUGAACAUAAUGAUAUUUGACACAUUUUGGAGAUGUAUUUCGUCUCAUUCUGGAAUGGUACUCAUUCAUCUAGUUUUCAGUAUUUGACCUUUAAUAUUUCCAGGUAUCAGUGCUAUCCCUGGUGAGUUUUUCUUUUCUCUUAAUGUGACCAAAACAUUUCAGGUUCAGCACAAACAUUAAAUCUCAUCUAAAACUUUGAUUUAUUAAAGCAUGCACUGCAGAGUGCUGAUGGUUCAAAUUUCACAACCAAAUACUGAUACUGAUAAGACAAUCAUUUUAAGAAUGUAAAUGUUUGUUGUUAAUUAAUUUGAUUAGCUCAAUUAUAUUUUCUCAUCUAUCUUCACAUAGUAUUCUCCUUAUUUUGAGCACAAACCCAGAAUUUGUAUUCUCUUUUUUAUCUUUAUCAUGGAUUUUCAGAUUUUCUUCAUUAUUUCAAUUAAAAUACAUUGUUUUUACAAGGAAAUAAAAUAAAGAUUAAUAAUGCCUCC